AUGAAACUUUCGCUUCUGUCAGGACUAGCUACAGUCGGGCUCUUCACUGGCUUGGCAACUGCUCAGGCUAAUGGUACAAUUGACAAUGGUCCAUUCCCUGACGAGCUCAAUGGCUCCAACUUUACCUACCCGUGGCCGGUCAAGGUGUUCAAGUUCACCAGUCAGCAGCAGGACCUCCAGAUGGCCUUUAUGGACGUCAAGCCAGCCUGUAGGCCCAAUGGCAAGACUGCUGUUCUCUUCCAUGGCAAAAACUUCUGCGGCCCGACGUGGCAAGAUACCAUCCGCGUUCUAGCCGCCAGAGGCUACCGUGUUAUUGCUCCAGAUCAAAUUGGUUUCUGCAAAAGCUCCAAGCCGGAUGCGUACCAAUUCAGUCUGAAUCAAUUUGCCUGGAACACACGCGGUCUUCUCAAUGCAGCUGGCGUUGGCAAUGUCACCGUCAUUGGUCACUCCAUGGGUGGUAUGAUGACUGCCCGUUUUGGGCUCCAGUACCCCGAAACCAUUGAAAAGAUGGUCAUGGUUGAUCCUGUCGGUCUGGAGGAUUACGUUCAAAAGGGUGUUCCCUACAUCAGCAUCGACCAGUCUAUUGUCAGUGAGGCCGCAUCCACCUACCAGUCAAUCAAGGGCUACGAGCAGGAGGUGUACUACGUCGGACAGUGGAAGCCUGCUUAUGAUACCUGGGUCAACAUGCUUGUCAACAUCUACAACGGCCCUAAGCGCAAGGCCUAUGUCAAAAACCAGGCUCAAAUUGUCGACAUGGUUCUCACCUCGCCCAUUGCUCACUACUUUGGGGACAUUAAGCCACGUACGCUUCUCAUUGUUGGAAAUAAGGAUAAGACUGCGAUUGGGGCUCAGUGGUCUCCCCCAGCUGUUGCCGCCAAGCUGGGCCGUUUCGACAUUCUCGGUCCCGAGGUUGCCAAACACCUGCAAAACGGAGAAUUGUACCAGUUCCCCAACCUGGGCCAUGCGCCCCAGCUUUCCGAUCCCAGAAACUUCCACAAGGUCUUGUUGGCGUUCUUGAAGAAAUAA